AUGUCAUGGAAUAGCAGUGGAAGAGACCUAGAGUCAACAGACCAGGAAAUAACAUGGAAUCUAAGCAUGCAUAAAGUUAUAACUACAAUACUUAUUGUAGUUGGAACAGUCAUUAACUUCGUAGCAAUUUUUGUGAUCUUAAAAGGAGGACUUUAUCGUCAAAAACCAUUCACAUUUGUGUUGAAUUUGUUUGUUGGGAACUUACUGAUGUGUUCGAUUGGUUUUCCAUUGUAUAUAACACCUGCAUUUUCCUCCAUCCCUCGCCAUGAUGUAAAUUGUCCUUUCUCUGGAUUUUUUAUGUUUUCCUUGACCGGAACCUCUCUAUUAAAUUUAGUGUUAAUUUCAAUAAACCGUUAUAUUUUAAUCGUGCAGUUUACUUAUUAUGAAAGAAUUUACAGCAAACGAAACACUCUGAUGAUCCUAGUUGUAUCCUGGCUUUUUUACCCGAUAAUAUAUAUCUUUCCGAUAAUUUGGGAGAUAAUGAACGUAUCAAGCCAAAAUCUUCAACAUUUCUUUAUUUUUUGUUGUUUUAUGUUCCUUAUAAAUUUUGUAACCUCAGACAAAAUAGUUUUAAUUUUAUAG